AUGAUAAUUAUGAAAAAUAAAAUAAAAUUUAAUUAUAUAAUUCAUUUCAUCUAAUCGUACAAGCUAGAUAUUACUAUAUCAACAACUUUGUGUAUAAAAAGGGCAAGAAAUUAAGCAUUAUCGUGUGAGCCACUUUUUCUAUAUCUAGAGAUAGAAGGUUUAAAAUCAUGUCUCUAAUUGGAAAGCUUGUGAGUGAAUUAGAGAUCAAUGCAGCUGCUGAGAAAUUUUACGAAAUAUUCAAAGAUCAAUGUUUUCAGGUUCCCAAUAUAACCCCCAGAUGCAUUCAACAAGUUGAAAUUCAUGGUACUAAUUGGGAUGGCCAUGGACAUGGCUCUAUCAAGUCUUGGUAUUACACUAUUGAUGGCAAGGCAGAAGUUUUUAAGGAACGGGUCGAGUUUCACGAUGAUAAAUUGUUGAUAGUCUUGGAUGGAGUGGGAGGAGAUGUGUUCAAAAAUUAUAAAAGCUUUAAACCAGCUUACCAAUUUGUACCUAAGGAUCGUAACCAUUGCCAGGCAAUUCUGAGUAUAGAGUAUGAGAAACUUCAUCAUGGGUCUCCUGAUCCUCAUAAGUAUAUUGACCUCAUGAUUGGUAUCACUAACGACAUUGGAUCUCACAUUAAAUAAGUAUUUAAUGUCUGUCACAUUCUCAAGUGUGGCUUGUUAAUUUGUUGUGGGAAAGUUAUAUUUUAUUUUGAAGUAAUUUUCGUGUGGUUGAUUAUGUAUCUUUGCUAUUUUGCUUUUAUAUUUCAAUAAGUUAUAUGGUUUAUAUAAUAUUACAAAGUAAAUAAAAUCCAAGGAUCAUCCCUUGUUUAUGUUUCGUUAUUAA